UGUAGCCCUGCGAAGGCAGAUAGCGGGGGUGCGGCCUUAUCUGCCGCCCGGCGGAGCCUCGGCGGGGUGGGGUCUUGGGGCUGAGCCCACUGCCUCCUCCUCCCCCCUCAUUUUCUCUGUGCCUCCCCACCUCUCCUGACUUCCUAAUGGGCCGGACUGUGGUUGUACUGGGCGGAGGCAUCAGCGGCCUGGCGGCCAGUUACCACCUGAGCCGGGCCCCGAACCCUCCCAAGGUGGUCGUUGUAGAGAGCAGCCAGCGUGUGGGAGGCUGGAUCCACUCCGUACGAGGGCCGGAUGGAGCCAUUUUUGAGCUUGGACCUCGAGGCAUCCGGCCCGCCGGCGCCCUGGGAGCCCGGACCUUGCUCAUGGUUUCUGAGCUCGGCUUAGAUUCCGAAGUGUUGCCUGUCCGGGGAGACCACCCGGCAGCCCAGAACAGGUUCCUGUAUGUAGGAGGUGCGUUGCACGUCCUGCCUACCGGCCUCAGGGGGCUAUUCCGCCCUUCACCGCCCUUCACCAAACCUCUGUUCUGGGCUGGGCUGAGGGAGUUGACCAAGCCCCGGGGCAAAGAGCCUGAUGAGACUGUGCACAGUUUUGCCCAGCGCCGCCUUGGAUCUGAGGUGGCGUCUAUUGCCAUGGACAGUCUCUGCCGUGGAGUGUUUGCAGGUGACAGCCGUGAGCUCAGCGUCAGAUCUUGCUUUCCCAGCCUCUUCCAAGCAGAACAAACCCAUCGUUCCGUGUUACUGGGGCUGCUGCUGGGGGCAGGGCAGAGCCCACAGCCAGACUCUGCACUCAUCCGCCAGGCUCGGGCUGAGCGUUGGAGCCAGUGGUCACUCCGAGGAGGGCUGGAGAUGUUGCCCCAGGCUCUUGCCACCCACCUGACUAACAGGGGAGUCUGCAUCCUCAGAGGUCAACCAGUCCGAGGUCUCAGCCUCCAGCCAGAAGGGCGCUGGAAGGUGUCUCUAGGGGACAGCAGCCUGGAGGCUGACCAUGUUAUCAGUGCUGUUCCAGCCUCAGUGCUCAGCCAGCUGCUCCCUGCUGAGGCGGCCCUUCUGGCUCGUGCGCUGUGCGCCAUCCCAGCCGUGUCCGUUGCAGUGGUGAACCUGCAGUACCACGGAGCCAGUCUGCCGGUCCAGGGAUUUGGACAUUUGGUGCCAUCCUCGGAAGACCCUGGUGUCCUGGGAAUAGUGUAUGACUCCGUGGCUUUCCCUGAGCAGGAUGGGAGCCCCCCUGGCCUCAGAGUGACCGUGAUGCUGGGAGGUUCCUGGCUACAGAUGCAAGAGGCUGGUGGCCAAGGCUUAUCUGAGCAACUGUUCCAACAGCAGGCAGAGAAUGCAGUUGCCACACAGCUAGGACUAAAGGAGUCCCCCAGUCAUUGCUUGGUCCACCUCCAUAAGAAUUGUAUCCCCCAGUAUACACUAGGCCACUGGAAAAAACUAGAGUCAGCCGCCCAGUUCCUGGCAGCUCACAGGCUGCCUCUGACACUGGCCGGCGCCUCCUACGACGGGGUGGCUGUCAAUGACUGUAUAGAGAGUGGGCGCCAGGCAGCAGCCCGGGCCCUGGGCACAGAACCUGACAGGUGAUCCCCAGCUCGCACCUCUUCCUGCCCCUACCGCCCCAGGCGUGACAAUAAAAGUUGCUGGAGGGCA